AGGAAAGGGAACGGGACGUGAUACGUACGUCUGCAUCUACAAGCCACGUAUUCCUUCCAGACGCGAGCUGCAAAUCGGUGUUUUGAAAGGCCCCUAGGUUGUUCACAGGUGUAAAUAUCAGUCAUCAUGUUUGCCAAAUUGAAGAAGAAGAUCGUUGAAGAGGAGGGAGUCGAUGAGGGUGAGUUGACUAAAAAGUACGUCCCUGGGGCAGCAGUACCGCAACGACCCUCAAAUGGAUCACCAGUAUCCAGAGGACAUAGAGGCUCAGCUGGUAGUCUGUCAUCUCACGGGAGCUCAUCAAGUUUGAACACUCAGGCUGAGACUAAAAAGGGGCCUGAGGCAAAUACAGAAAGUCUCCAAGCAGAGCUUACUCAGAGAAGUGAUCAAAUACGUCGUCUGGAAAACAAGCUAGAUGAGUACUCAGCAAUGCUGAAGGAAGCAGUCAAGGCUAAGGAGAAAUUGGAGGUAGCCCUGGAGAAACAAGAAGAAGCCAACACCAAACGGAUCCAAGAGUUGAACGAAGAGUUUCAGUUGAGACGCUCCAAGAUGGCCGACAAGCUAGCCACAGCUGUAAGGAAGAAAGAAGAUGAGAUGAAUGAACAGAUACAAGCACUGGAGAAAGAGAAAACAGAUCUUCAGGAUCAGCUCCAGCGAUUGUCAAUGGAUAAAUUCAAGAAGCAAGAAGAGAGUGAGGAACUUCAAGGAUUCCAAGUCCAAGAACUUGCCAAAGUCAAACAUAUGUUUGUUAACAGUCAGGAGGAGCUGCAUAAAUGUAAGGCAGAUUUAGCCCAUCUCCAGGAGAAACUUGAUGAAAGUAAUCAACAAGCGGAAAAGCUAGGAAUGGAGCUGAGCAAAACUAGAGACAGCCUGACCAAACUCAGACAUGCCAGGGACGAUGACAUCAAGCAAAAGACAGCAGCUGAGGAGCAUGGUACACAACAGGAACGAUUGAAGAAACUGCUGGAGGAAAGACUACAGAGUGUUACAACAGAAAGCCAGGAGAAGAGUAAGAGGUUGGUAGCACUGGAGGAGAGGUUGACACAGACUCAGGAGGAACUGGAAGCAUUACGUCAUGACAGCGAGGUUCAUAAAACACAGGCUGCAGCUCAGCAACGAGAGAGUGAAAGCACCAACAAACAUCUGGAGGAGAAGGUUAGAAUGCUUGAGCAGAGACUAUCAGAUCACAGUCUGAGUGAUGAUGAGCAGAUGAAAGCUAUCAUGGCUGAGAGAGAUACCCUAGAAGAAAAGCUGGAGGUUUCCCGUCGCGAACUCAUUGAUGUCAAAAGUUCAUCAGCUGACAAGAUAUCAAGUCUAGAACAGCAGAUCUCUCACCUGAACACUAAGAUGGCUGAGGACAGAGAAGAUGCAAUUCAGAGGCAACAGAUUCUGGAUGCUAUGAGCAGAAGACAUGCUGAGGAACUUGGCCAACUUCAAGCUAAGCUACAGGACACAGAACAACAGGUGCAGACUCAUAUUGAAUUGGUCAAACAGAGAGACACUCAGAUUGCUGUACAGAAAUCUCUGAGUGAUACAGAAAUACAAGCAAUACAGGAGCAACUUGAUGUCACCAAGAAACAGUCUUUGGAAAUGAAGAAACAAUUACAAGAUAAGAUAGCUACAUUGGAAUCUAAGAUUACUGGGCUCAGUACAGCUACUGACUUUGAGAAGAGUGCAACGGAACACAAAAUUACACGUCUAGAGAGUCAGAAUGAGGAGUAUUUGGAGCGUGAGAUUGAGCAUGAGAAACACAUCACUCAGUUGGAAGAGGCAAAAGAAUCUCUUUCGGCAUCUCUGACAACAAAAUCCAAGGAGUGUGAGAGACUAACAAGAGAAGUGGAGGAGAUAAGGGAACGAGCAGAGGAUUUAUCCAAACAGGUUCUGACAGCAAGUUCUUCUGUCAUGGAUGCUCACAAAGAGGUGGACAGGUUACGAAAACUUGUGGAAGUUAAAGAUACAACCAUCAACAAGUCAGACCAAGAAAAUGAGGAGUUGAAACGACAAAACUUGGAACUGGCAAACAGUCUGGCUCAGCAGGAGCAAGAGAUGCAAACUUGCCAUGAUGAGGCACAGAGGGCGCUGUUUGAGAAGAAUGAAAGCAUCAGCGUCUUGAAACAGAGUCUAUCUGAGAAGGAAGAGGAGAUUGGAAUGGGUCAAUCCAAGAUAAAGGAGCUGGAGGAGAGUCUAGCUGCUUCUCAAGCUGACACCAAUGGAGUCGAUGAUGGAGAGGAUGUUGAGAAGUUGAAGCAAACUCUUGAAGAACAGGAGCAGCAGUUAAAUGAAAAAAAUAAGACAAUAAAGAUGCAACAACAGAGGUUAGCAGACUUGAAGAAGACACUACAGAGAGAACUGAAAGUCCAGAAUUCCUCCGGCUAUGACUCGCCAGAGGAAUUUUCCAAAGACAGAGGUCAAAGUUCAAGCUCUACAGGGACAAGUAAAAGUUCUAGUUUAGGAGGGUUGAGUAACAGCAACGUCCUCCAGUCAUCAGGGUAUAGCUUUGCUUCAGGGUCCAGUGAGUCAUCGAGCAUUAGAGGGAUGGCCUCAUUAAGUCCAAACGCAGCAGGCCUGGAUCGACAGGACUUGAGAGAAAUCAACUUCCAAUAUCUGAGACAUGUCGUGUUCAAGUUCAUGAGUAGUACAGAUCAAGAGGCCAAGCAGUUACUGAAAGCAGUGUCUACUGUGCUGGAGUUUACUCCACAUGAGGAGUCAUUGAUCACUAAGACUCUGGAAUGGAAGACAUCUUGGUUUGGGGUCCGCCCAUCUCCGAAGAAAACCAUUCAAGUGUCAUCUCUUGCCUAUAGGUGAUACACAUCUAACCAUGUUGUAUCCUGACCUCAGUAAUGUGGCAUUGAAUUUGGCCUUACUCAUUCUUCAAAUAAACUAUUGUAUUCAAAAGUUGCAGUUGUAUGAAGUUGUACAGUAAAGCACUGGGGUAAAAUUCACUUAGUGAAAAACAUGAGUGUAGAUUCUUGUAACAGAUCCGAAGAUUUUGUCUCUGGAAUGUGAUUUGGAGUGUAGAGAAUCUGUAAUGAAGUAAUUGUGAAUGAAAUAAUUUAACAGAUGAAUGAUGCAAGGAUAUCUGCAUUGUUGAAGUGAUGGGAGUUUAGAGCAGAGCUCUAAAAUAUAAAUAUGGCUCUCUUCCUAAUUUAUGCAUGGGACUUGCAAAUUAUUCACAAGAUUUAUCUCUUGAUGUUUGGUUGUUAUAGACUAUACACCCACAUUCCUAAGCUUCAUGCACAUGCUUUGGUCAAGUUACAGCAUCCUAUUGGUUUAAGAGGCAUGUAAUGUGCUUGCGUACCACCUAUCCAGGAGUAUGUUGCCACUGCAGUAAUGGCUUCUAAUGGACCAAUUGUGUCUGCUAAGUCAUGUGACCUAUAGUGGGUAUUAAAUAUCAGCAAACACAGCGUCCACCAAAAGCAAAGCGUUUCACAAGUAUCAUUUACCAAAAAUAAAGCCGAUAGAAGGUACCGUACUCGGACUACUUAUAUGCAGGGCACUAUACUGUAACUUGGUUAUAUUGUUUGUAAACAACUCUCAAAACACAUGUUGCUUUAUGGGGUUGAUACCCACUAUAGGUCAUGUAGUUUAGCCGGCGCAAUCCGUCUGUUCUUGUAACUGACUUACACCAUGAGGAACCUCCAUCUAUAUUUAUACAUGUAAUGUUAAACACGUUCCCUUGAGGUUGCAAAUUUGUGUAAAAGAAUUUUUCUGCACUCCAACAGCAUGUAGUAUUUUUUGUUUCAAGAUAAAUAUUUCAAAUGUCAACCUUAACAUGACCACUUGCCCGUGGGACUUGCUGCUUCUUGGACAUCCUCUUGUCAGUGAAGGAGGGUGGCAGAAAAAAGCUGCCAAAAAGUUUGUUUUGUUCCUUUGUUCCCCUGUGCAGCACAAACCUGUUGGUAUUCUUCCAACUCAGAUGCAUUUGCUGACUAUUCAGUCAUUAGUACUGAUCCUUUACAAGAUUUGCAGAGGUAUAAGUUGAUUUUGAGAACUUCCUGGAUACUUUCCAAUCCUUUUGGGUCUUGUCUAUGGAGUUCUCAUUUUUAGUACUUCCCCACAUUGACCUGUGUUCAUUUUUAACGUUAAAUAUCUGUAAUGGUACAGUUCCUUUGUUAGGUACAGAGGGGUUGAACAGUAUUGUAAAUAGAAGUCUGUAUAUAAAACCCUUGAGAUUGUAUGAAAAAUGACAUGGUACUUUUGUAGCGUGGGUAAAAUUGUUUAGAGAUUGUUUUAAAAAAAUAUAGCCAAAUAUAGCACUCUUCCAAAUUCAUCUUUACCAGAGAUAUAGAUUAUUGGGUUCUGUUGCUCUAGAAAUAUGCAGAGAAAGUAUGUUAAAUGUAUGAAAUAAAAGAAACCCGCAUAAACUGAA